AUGGAGGUCGCCUUUUGGGAUCUGACAACUGUGAAGGACGUCAGCUCAUUUGGCGUCCUCAAUCACGAAAACGAUCAACCUGGAGGUCGCCUUUUGGGAUCUGACAACUGUGAAGGACGUCAGCUCAUUUGGCGUUCUCAAUCACGAAAACGACCGACCUGGAGUAUCCGGCCCCGAGACUUCGAAUACCUGGAAGAAGCAACAAAACGGGCAACUCUAUUUUUAUGGGGGGUUGAAAAGGACGAUCGUAAAGGGUUGAAAAAGACGAUCGUAACGACACGGGAAGGUGAUCCAGCGAUUGGGUCAAAACUACAAGUAUUCGAUGGGUUGGAUAUACGCCUCUGA